GCAGGUUGGCGGGCACCGAGGGCGGCCCAGCGCCCGGCCCUGCGGCUGCCGCCGGCGGAGAGCGAGCCGGGCUGUAGGCGGCUCCUUCCUGUGCAAACUUUUCUCUCUCUUCCUCCCGCCGCCCCGCGCCGGCCGCCCGCCCGCGGGAGCCCCAUGGCCACGGCCGCGGGGAGCCCCGAGGAGCCCCCGGCCGAACCCCCCGCGCCCGCGCCCGCUCCGCGCCGCCCGCCCGGGGACCCGAGCCCCCGCGGCCGCUCCCAGAGUGACCUGUCGUCGUGCUCCAGCCGGGGCCGCCCGCUCCGCGUCCACAUCUCGGGCUCAGUUGAUGGACUGGACAAAGCUUCUAUAGCAAACUCGGAUGGCCCAACAGCAGGCUCCCAGACACCUCCCUUCAAGAGAAAGGGGAAACUAUCUUCCAUUGGUAAAAUCUUUAAGCCUUGGAAAUGGAGGAAAAAGAAGACCAGUGACAAAUUUAGAGAAACUUCCGCAGUACUGGAAAGGAAGAUAUCUACCAGACAAAGCAGAGAGGAGCUGAUCAGAAGGGGUGUUCUUAAGGAGUUACCUGACCAAGAUGGAGAUGUGACAGUUAACUUUGAAAACUCAAACGGGCACAUGAUACCCAUCGGCGAGGAAUCUGCCCGAGAGGAAACUGUAGUAAAAUCUGAAGAAGGUAAUGGCUCUCUAGCUGAGAAGGCGCCACCUCUGGAAGAAAAGGCAGAAGAUAAGAAAGCUGGUUCCUCUCACUCCAAAAAAACAGCUGGCUCCAAAGCAUCUGCUUCAUCCUCGUCUGCCUCCACGCUGUCACGCAGCAGAGCUUCCAAGGAGACGGUGUCUAGCAAAACAGGGACGGUGGGGAUCACCAAGGGCAAGAAAAAAACUGCCCGGCAGCCCACCUCACGGCCGCCCCCUGACGCAGCCACUUCCAGCUCAUCCGACCUGAAAGGAGAGCCUUUGGCGACCAGGGGGGAGAGCCAGGAGCCUGAGCAGACUGUCGCUGGCACCGAGGACCAGGCCAUCAGCAAAUUCAAGUCUGCCAUCCCACUGCCCCCUGCCACCCCACCGCCCCCUCCACCUGCCUCCGUCCUCUCUGGGGAGGAGCAGGGUUCUCUGGCCCCCAACACGCCUUUUGUCCUGGUCAGCAAUGGCGUCGACCCCCCCUUCCCUGUCUUCGACCUCACGCAGCUGCACCAGACGGAAGAACCGACAGAAGGACCCACCGUCCCCUCAGGCCCUGGAGUGGUUGUUAGCAGAGACAACCUCAAAUGUGUCGGCACCAAAGACGAGCGGGGAAAGCCAGCACUGCAGCUGCUGACUCCUGGGCUGGCGGGAAAAUGCUCCGAGAUCUUCAGUGCCUCAGAGGACGAAGGCCAAAAGGAGUACCAGACCAAUGACUCGGACUCAGAUGGGCCUAUCCUGUACACCGAUGACGACGAUGAGGAUGAAGACGAAGACGGCAGUGGAGAAAGUGCUUUAGCAAGUAAAAUACGACGAAGGGAUACUCUUGCUAUCAAACUUGGCAACAGACCGUCUAAGAAGGAGUUAGAGGACAAAAACAUCUUACAGAGUACCUCUGAGGAAGAGAGGCAGGAAAUUCGACAACAGAUCGGAACGAAGUUGGUCAGGCGACUCAGUCAGAGGCCCACAACUGAAGAAUUGGAGCAAAGAAAUAUUCUAAAACAAAAGAAUGAAGAAGAAGAACAAGAAGCAAAAAUGGAACUUAAACGCAGACUCAGCAGAAAGCUCAGCCUGAGACCCACGGUGGCAGAACUCCAAGCUCGAAGGAUCCUGCGGUUUAACGAGUACGUGGAAGUCACCGAUUCUCCCGACUACGAUCGCCGAGCAGAUAAGCCCUGGGCCAGACUGACGCCUGCAGACAAGGCAGCAAUAAGGAAAGAAUUGAAUGAAUUUAAAAGCACAGAGAUGGAAGUUCAUGAAGAGAGUCGACAGUUUACAAGAUUUCAUCGUCCAUAAUGAAGUGGGAAACACUUUGGAGCCAUAAGACUGAUCAUCUUGGGGGGAAGCCUCACUUCCUGAAAACCUGAUGUUGCACUGGGAUUUAAAUGUGUGUGUUUCCAUUUACCUUGUGGUGAAGGAAGUGUGUGGAAAGUGCUCCCCACCUGUACAGCCCAAACGGGGCCACAAGCGAAGGGAAGGCUGUGGUGGCCCUUGCUGUCCAGUAUACACAUUGAUGGUGAGGGACACCAUGGUGACACUGGUUAUUCUUCUUCAGAAGCUUUAAUCGGAGAAGACACGCCACUACAGGAGACAGUCGCUGGCUUCCUGCUACCAGAAAGCUGCAUUUUUGAGUGUGGGUUAAAGAAAACCAGGGAAUGAAAGAUGAGCAAUAGAAAGGGCUGCAUUUGAAAAUUAAAGAGAUUAAGAAACAUUUCAUUAUGUUAAUGAAGAAUAGAGGAAAUGGGAGCAGAAACGUUAUUUUUUUGAAGUGGGCAUUUGGUAGUGGAGAACUGAGUAAAAGAUUUGGGGAUUUAAUCACCCAAUGAGGAUUUCUUAAGGACACGGUUGUAGAGGAAUAUUCUUAUUUUCACCAUUUUGUCGGUACAGUGUGGUACCAUUAUUUUUUAUGUUGUGCCAGUGAAUCCAGUUGCCAGAAAUAAGUCUUGCAUAUUUUUGUGCAUCUUUUCCCUCAAAUACACGAAGCUACUUCUAACUUUUAACAAGCAUGCUUACCCAAAUUUCGUUGCAUGCUUUAAACGGCAUAGCUGUAUACACUUUAUAUUCUUUAAAUACUCCGUAGUGCACCAACAGGACUGGGAAUAAAGUUAGAUCUAAUAUGACUUUAUAAUUGUAGCAAGGCUUAAAAUUAAGUCUUUUGGCCUUCCCCUCUUUAUCUCCAAAGUCAAAAGAAUUCAACUUGAUCUAAGAACAAUCAUAGCAAAAAUCAUGACAUCUUCCCAAAAAUCUGAAGCCCAUUAGAACUUAGAGAAUGUUAGAACUGAGUACGGCAUAACAACCAAGUGUGUUGCUUGCAGUUCUGAGUUGGAAUACAAAGGACUACUUAUUUUCAUGACUGCAUUAAGUUGGGUUGCUGCUAUUUAAACAAAUUAAGUACAUGGAUUAAAAAGAAAAAAAGAAAAAGAAAACCUCACCCAAAGACUUAGAAGGAAAUUUCUGCUAAGUUGCUUGUGAGGAAAACCUCAUCUUGUUUUUCAAAAAUCCACUGAUUGCCCAUAAAUAUAAUGAUGACUUCCAGUGCGAAAGGAUUGAUGAGAUUAGAUUCACUGAAGGUUUUCCUAUAUGCCUACAGUGAGCAUUGUUUACAUUAAGAAACCUUUCAUUGGCCAGGAAUGUGGCUCAGAGGUAGAACACUUGCCUUUCAUGUGUAAGGCCCAGCUUUUGAUCAUCGGCACAGAAACUUAAAAGAGUGAUAAGAAACCCCUUAUUUUCAUUAUCAUCUUGCGAUUUUCCAUGAAGUCAUGGGCACAUUUUCUUCCCAAGUACAUAUGACCAAAUGUAAAUAAUACCUUAUCUUUCAUUGUUCUUUCAUGAUUGUUGUACCCUUUUUAAAAAGAAUGAAAUAUAUAAUAACACAACAAGACUUAUAUAGACAUUAUUUUAUCCUGAGAAACUGGGCAAGAAUUUUCUGAAAUGAUUCUGGUUUCAUUAUGUGAAAGACUCUUUUCCAAUUUCGGCUGAAAAAGCUGAGUCUGACAGAUAAGUUUGUCAAUCAUUUAUAUUUUAAAGAACCACUUGAUUUGGGUGAUUUUGUUUGGAAAUAAAGCCCAGUUGGCCUAUUACAAAAAGCCAGUAGUUUAAUGCCUAAGAAAAGUAGCUGUUAUCAUUGCAACUCUAGCUUCACUCGACUGUGUAUUAAUUGAUAAACCUGAUUGCACUAUUGUCAUUUCAUCAGUGGAAUAUGGCACAUUAUGGCUUUGAAAAAUUUUUUUCUGCAUGCCUAUGUCUUUCUGAAGAUUUGUCCAUUGUAUAAUGUCUAAAUCCAGCCAUCAACCUAUAUUCAAAUUUUUUUUGUCAAAGUCAUGCUUUCCUUUUCCAUAAUAUUUUAUUAUAAUUUUAGUGUCUGGGGAAAAUCCCAUGGGAUGUCAUCUUUCUUUUAAUUUCCCAUACUUAAAAUCUUUACCCUCCUUUCAUUUAUAGUCAUAAGUCAUAUAAAAUAUUAUCAUCAUUUUCUCACUCAAAGUACAUAUCCUAGAAAGUCUGUAUUUGGUGGUAAAAGGAAUAAUUUUUUCCCAUUAGAGGUUUACAUGAUGCUGUUUAUUUAUUUCUGACAGUGAACUUCACCCCAUACAAAAACGAGAACCUUGAGCCUUGAUUAUACUGGGGCUGUUGCAUCCCUCAUAUAUUUCAGAUUAAUGAACUGCCCACACUUUUUUUUCAUAAUGAUUGACUUAAGAUUAGAGAAUAUUAAGAGAGGCUGAGAAAUAAAAAAAAAAAAAAGAAAACCUGACCAGUUGGCUAAUAUUUAAGAAUUUAA